GCGAGGCGCUGACUCGUUCCUUUUUACUCCCCACCCUUAGCUGGAGCUGAAGCUCCUGUACGUCGCUCCGGGACGCCGACUCCCAAUUCACCGUCACCAUGAUCAUCUACAAGUGUGUCAUCAGCAAUGAUGAAAUGUUCUCAGACAUCUAUCGACUAAAAGAAGUCUGCAAUGGGCUGUGUAUUGAAGUUGAAGGAAAGACCAUCACUCGAAGAGAAGGUGACAUUGAUGAUGCUCUUAUUGGUGGCAACGCAUCUGCUGAGUGCGUGGAGGAGGGGGCCGAGGGUGUAUCGGUAUCAGGAGUUGACAUUGUGAUGAACCAUCAUCUUCAGGAAACUGGCUUCACAAAGGAUGCAUUCAAACGAUAUAUUAAAGACUAUAUGAAAGCCAUUAAAAGUCAUCUAGAAAAGAAUAAACCUGGAAGAGUGCAGCCUUUCAUGACUGGAGCAGCGGAAAAAAUCAAAGAAAUUCUUGGAAACUUCAAAAACUUGCAGUUUUUUACAGGAGAGUCAAUGGACCCAGAGGGUAUGGUGGGCUUCUUGGAUUACCGUGAGGAUGGUAUAACCCCCUUCAUGACUUUCUUCUUGGAUGGCUUAGAACUUGAAAAAUGUUAACCAUUUGGAUCGUUUGAUGCAACCAACUGCUGCUGAUUUCCAUUCAUACCACACCAGGAUUAAAGUCUUAUGACCAACUCAAACUGGACUGUUAUCAUCAAGCUUCAUUUAUUUCGAACCUAAAUUAUUGGAGUGGAGACAUUAUUUUAAAACUUUUGUCAUUUAGUCCAAAUAAAAUGAUCAUACUCCACUCUAGUUAA